UGUGUUGGCUGGAGCUGGAGUAACAAGAUGGCGGCGUCGGCGGAGUGACAGGGGUCCCUCCGGGCCGGAGUCGGCGGCAGUGGUGGCAGCGAUAUCGCCACCCUAGUUCACCGCGCCUUUUUUCCAACCCGCAACGUCGCUGUGAAGGCGAGGAAGCAGCAGCCGUCCGGAAACAGGUGGCCCAGCCUAGUAACCGCGAGAACACCUCACAAACUACGGCCUGGCAAAAAGAAACCCUACUGAGCGGCUGUGAUCAGGUUCUCCUUGACUGAUUCUGGGCCCUAUAGCGCCGAGAAAGCCUCCGUCUUCCGUUUCCUGCCGCCCCUCUCCGCGGCCUUGCCCGGGGGACGAGCCCCAGAGCCACAGAGGCCUCCGUCGUUCUCUCAGAGGUGUCGGGGCUUGGCCCCAGCCUCCAUUUUCGUCUCUCAGAAUGGCGAGCAGCAGCGGCUCCAAGGCCGAAUUCAUUGUCGGGGGGAAAUAUAAACUGGUACGGAAGAUCGGGUCUGGCUCCUUCGGGGACAUUUACCUGGCGAUCAACAUCACCAACGGCGAGGAAGUGGCAGUGAAGCUAGAAUCUCAGAAGGCCAGGCAUCCCCAGUUGCUGUACGAGAGCAAACUCUAUAAGAUUCUUCAAGGUGGGGUUGGCAUCCCCCACAUACGGUGGUAUGGUCAGGAAAAAGACUAUAAUGUACUAGUCAUGGAUCUUCUGGGACCCAGCCUUGAAGACCUCUUCAAUUUCUGUUCAAGAAGAUUCACAAUGAAAACUGUACUUAUGUUAGCUGACCAGAUGAUCAGUAGAAUUGAAUAUGUGCAUACAAAGAAUUUUAUACACAGAGACAUUAAACCAGAUAACUUCCUAAUGGGUAUUGGGCGUCACUGUAAUAAGUUAUUCCUUAUUGAUUUUGGUUUGGCCAAAAAGUACAGAGACAACAGGACAAGACAACACAUACCAUACAGAGAAGAUAAAAACCUCACUGGCACCGCUCGAUAUGCUAGCAUCAAUGCACAUCUUGGUAUUGAGCAGAGUCGCCAAGAUGACAUGGAAUCAUUAGGAUAUGUUUUGACGUAUUUUAAUAGAACCAGCCUGCCAUGGCAAGGACUAAAGGCUGCAACAAAGAAGCAAAAAUAUGAAAAGAUUAGUGAAAAAAAGAUGUCCACUCCUGUUGAAGUUUUAUGUAAGGGGUUUCCUGCAGAAUUUGCCAUGUACUUAAACUAUUGUCGUGGGCUGCGCUUUGAAGAAGCCCCAGAUUACAUGUAUCUGAGGCAGCUAUUCCGCAUUCUUUUCAGGACCCUGAACCACCAAUAUGAUUACACAUUUGAUUGGACAAUGUUAAAGCAGAAAGCAGCACAGCAGGCAGCCUCUUCCAGUGGGCAGGGUCAGCAGGCCCAAACCCCCACAGGUUUCUAAGCAUGAAUUGAGGAACAGAAGAAGCAGAGCAGAUGACUGGAGCAGCAUUUGUUUCUCCCCAAAUCUAGAAAUUUUAGUUCAUAUGUACACUAGCCAGUGGUUGUGGACAACCAUUUACUCUUGGUGUAAAGAACUUAAUUUCAGUAUAAACUGACUCUGGGCAGCGUUGGUGAUGCUGUAUCCUGAGUUGUAGCCACUGUAAUUGUGAAUAUUAACUGAGAUAGUGAAACAUGGUGUCCGGUUUUCUAUUGCAUUUUUUCAAGUGGAAAAGUUAACUAAAUGGUUGACACACACAAAUUGGUGGAGAAAUUGUGCAUAUGCCAAUUUUUUGUUAAAACUUUUUAUUUUGAACUAUACUGCUUUGAGAUCUCAUUUCAGGAGAACGGCAUGAACAGUCUUCAGCCACAGUUGUGAUGGUUUUGUAAAUGCUCACAAUUGUGCAUUCUUAGGGUUUUUCCAUCCCUGGGGUUUGCAAGUUGUUCACUUAAAACAUUCUUAAAGUGGUUGGCUUCUUGUUUGCAAGCCAGCUGAUAUGGUAGCAACCAAAGAUUCCAGUGUUUGAGCAUAUGAAAGACUGCCUGCUUACCUGUGCUAGAAAUAACAGCAUUUAAAGUGAAGACUUAAGAAAAACUUAGUGACUACUAGAUUAUCCUUAGGACUCUGCAUUAACUCUAUAAUGUUCUUGGUAUUAAAAACAUAUGUGUCACAGAAAUUUAGUUAACAUCUUACAACUGAACAUGUAUGUAUGUUGCUUAGAUAAAUGUAAUCACUGUACAACA